AUCUCUGCCUCUCUCUCUCAUCUCUUAGAUUUGAGUGUCAGAUAUGUUGGAGCUGUUGAAGGGUGAGAUUCCAUAUCAAGAGGGAGAAGAAGUUCUUGUUCUGUCAGAAGAUGUGAGGACUACGGGCCUUGUUCUUGUGGAUCUUGUCAAUGGCUUUUGCACUGUUGGAGCUGGGAAUCUGGCUCCAGCAGAGCCCAAUAAACAGAUAUCUGUGAUGGUCGAGGAGUCUGUACGGGUGUCCAGGAUGUUCUGUGAAAGGAAAUGGCCUAUUUUUGCUUUCCUUGAUACCCACUAUCCUGAUAAACCAGAGCCCCCAUAUCCACCUCAUUGUAUAAUUGGAACAGGAGAAGAAAAUCUAGUUCCAGCUCUGCAAUGGUUGGAGAAUGAACCGAACGUAACAAUCAGACGCAAAUCUUGCAUUAACGGGUUCGUGGGCUCAUGGGAGAAAGAUGGCUCUAAUAUCUUUACGGAUUGGGUGAAAGCCAAUGGAAUCAAAGUUAUUUUGGUGUUAGGAAUAUGCACAGAUAUCUGUGUUCUAGAUCUUGUGUCUACCUUACUAUCUGCAAGGAAUCUUGGUUUGCUACCUCCUUUGGAAGAUGUGGUGGUGCACUCAGGUGGAUGUGCUACGUACCAUCUCCCAGUUCAUGUUGCUAGGAAUAUCAAAGGAGCUUUAGCCCAUCCUCAGGAUGUGAUGCAUCACAUUGGUCUUUACCUGGCCAAGGGAAGGGGAGCAAAGAUAGUACAGGAAGUAUCAAUCAGUUCAUCGAUGGAGCUCUGAUUUAUAGGCUGGCUGGAACUAAGAGCUGCUUAAUACGUCAAUAUUUUAUUUUUAUUCCCUUGUAAAUUGUGAUUUACAUGACAGGCUUACAUUAUCGUAAUAAAGAAAUAUUUAUGCUAUGAUUUGGCAGUCUUAAGCUCGCUUGAUUUUCUA